CUGCGCCUGCGCAGUCCGUCUCACGCGCCCUUCAAGGGGACGGGGCGGCAUGCAGGGGGGCGCUCUGUUGUGGAAGCGGCGCUCGGCGCUCCUGUACACGUUCGGCUCCUGGACCGUUUUCGGGUCCAUCCUCUUCUAUUCCAGCCGCUACAUUCAGAAGAGGGAGGAGGAGCCGCAGGUGCCGCGGGAGGAGGAGCGCUCCGCAGGUAACAAAAUGGGUGUUACAACCAUUUCUGAAGAUGGACUGAGACAGACUACAGUAUACAGACCAGCGGAAAAUUUUACUGUCACAACAACAGUAGUUUAUAAACCCAAUUUUGUGCCUUAUACAACUCGCUUAUAUAAUUAUGUGCAGUCAUUUUUUGACGACAGUGGUGGCAACGAAAAAUGAACCCCUCUGGGUGCAGAAACUCCAGCGCUUCGAAAGGCAACGUCAAGAUGCCUCCUCCCAAGAUCGGCUUCUUGCACUGGGCUGCACAAGGCUCAAGUCUACAGUAACAGAUCUCGGCAAGUUUUAAAAGCUGUCCAUUUAUUUUAAAAAUCACUGACUUUCCAAGACUGCUGGCUGUUUCAUGGACUACCUUACGGAUAACGGAGGCAGGCUGGAAAUCUGGACCUAUUAAAACAUGAUUUGUCUUGUUUUCUCUAAAGUUGUGACGCUGUUUGGAAUGUUGUGUUGCACAAUACAGUGAUCCCUAAUGUU